AUAAGUGUUGAAUAGUGAACAUCCAUUCAAUGCGAUCAUGAGUUCAAUCAGUUUUGAAUCGGUACUAUUAUUGGUUAUAACGGGUAUUGUUUGGGGUAUUUCUACACCACUUCUCAAGAGAUACAGUCAAGACAUCGAUGACGUCCACCACUCAAAUCCAAUCAUUCAAUUCAUACUACAAUUAAAAUCAAUGUUCACUAAUUGGAGGUAUUUGCUGUCAUUUGUGUUCAAUCAAAGCGGUUCUGUGUUGUAUACAAUUAGUCUGUCAUACAAUCCGAUCACAAUAGCUGUUCCCAUCACUAAUGCACUCAACUUUAUCUUCGUUGUCAUUUCGGGUCCCAUUUUCGGCGAAACAACCCUCGACUUCAGAUCACUUUUGGGAGCAUCUCUUGUAAUGACAGGAAUUGUUUUAUGUCUUCUGAGUUAACAGUUGU